AUGAUUGCCAAAAUGUUGACAAAUUCAGCUAUCAGCAGAGCUCGAAUAUCUGCACGUUCUUUUGAACAUGGCCUGCUCAACUUGGAUACUUUAACGGCCGCAGCAGCCGCGGCCUCUGCUUUAGUGGCCAACGUUGGUUCCGGAUCAGACUCCAGGCUUGGUGAGUCGUCCGGACAUGAUGGAAGCACGACUUGUGCAUCAGCGGGUAGUGGUGGAAGUACUCUCAUCCCUAAUCACGCAGCUCUCCUAGAGACAGCCAUGUUGGCUGCAGCUUUCCUUGCCGUUGGUAAUGGUGGCGUCGACGGAUCGCAGGAGCUGCCAGCGGCUGCGCCUAUGCUGACAACAUCGAUAGCCAACCAUGAUCAAGGCUUGCUUCGACUUGGGCUUCCUCCGGUUGAUCCGAAAAAUUCCUCUGCAACUGGAUCCUCCAGGUCCCGAGAUCGUCGUGGCAGAGUUCGCAGGUCGCAAGACGCCUUGCCAGUAUCACCAUCAUCAAGAAAUGGUACCAUUAAUUCUACCAAUGGAUCCCAGCACCGACUAUCAGGAUUACGGGCCAACACCGGGACAGCAUCACCAAAAUCCAGCUCAACAACUACACCAGCGACUAUGAAAACUACCCCUACUAGAGUAGGGAAGACGGCCACGCCUGUGUCGGGCACCGAAUCAGCCGAUCUGAACACAGCAGCAGCUACCAUGACCGCCGUGGCUGCAGCAGCAGCAGCUGCUGUAACUUCUGCCCUUGAGCAAGAUGUGAUUCGUGUACAUGGUCAACCCGGUGCCUCAAGUCAGCUGGUCGAA